AUGGAAGUGCCCACCCUCUCCAAAAGGCUUAAGUCUCCUGAUCUCAGUGAAGAGUCUUUGGACCCUAGGAUUAUCAUUGCCUUAUUUGAAACUGGAUCACUUCCCCCUGUUUCUUGCAGUUCUCUCCCUUCCCUAAAAAACAGUGACCAUGAAGCAACCGAACAACGAAUUGCAAAGAAGUUUGAAAACCUCUUAAAAGAAAUUAAAGAUAUUGUUAAACAUAUGACAAGUUAUGAAGAGAAGGUCAUAGAAACAAAAGAAUCUUUUGAGGAAACCAAUAUCUAUGAGGAUGUGUCAGAACUUAAAGAAAAAAUCAGAGAACUUGAUAAAAUAAAUAAAGUACUAUUGGAAAAGCUGCUUGCUAGUUGGGACUUAGGGAAAGAACAGAGCUCAAAGAAACAGGAGAUGAUGUUGGAAAACCAGAAUUCCAAGGACACCAUGCAAGGUUGUGCAAGGGAUUUGGUAUAUUGUUCAGAAAGAAAAAAGAGCCUUUCAGAAACUCAACUAAGUAAGGAAAAAGCAAAGCACAGAUUCCCUCUUGUUCAAGAAGAAAAUAUCAAACUGAAGUACAACAUGGAGCAGUUACUACAGGAAGCAAAACACUGGAGUGUGCAACAUACUGAGCUCAGUAAACUAAUAAAAUCCUAUCAGAAAUCUCAGACAGACAUCAAAACUCUUGAAAAUAAUGGCGCCCAUUCCCCAACUCAAACGAAUAAUGGGGUGUCAGCUAAGCAUGAGCUGGAAGAACAAGUGAGGAAACUGAAACAAGACACAUAUUCACUGCAUUUGAUUACAGCUUUGCUGGAGAAUGAAUGCCAACUCUUAGAGCAGAGAGUAGAGCUUCUCAAGGAAUUCCAUCAUCAGAAAGAGGGACCUCUACAAGGGGAGCCAAUUCAGAUAAACUAUGAGCAGAACAAGAAAGAACAGAAGCUAUCAAAGGCAGAGAAAGUCGACAUACAUAAGCAAAACAUGCAAGAAAUGUUUCAAAAAGGAGACCAAUUCUAUAGAAGCCUGGGUGUUUGUCAUAAAAAGAAAGCUCGUAAUAAUUUGUUCAAUACUCAUAUUGCAAGAAGAGCUCUUGUAGGAAAAAAGAGGCCAGCCAGCAGCCUAAGUUAG